AUGUCCUCGGAUUCGUCAGAGGAGGAUAGAAGGAGGCAUAAGAAGAGGAAAGAUAAGCAUCGGAAAAGAAGUCGGAGCAGGGACAGGGAGAAGAAGGAGAGAAAGAAGGAGAAGAAAGACAAGAAGAAGAAGAAGCAUGGUUUGGCGAGCGGCGGAGAGUGGGGAAAGCAUGGAAUCAUCAGUGAAACCGAUUUGUACAACAAGGACCAAGAGUUCCGGGCAUGGCUCGUGGAGGAACGCAUGCUCAACCCCGAGACUAUGACGAAAGACCAAACCAAAAAGGAAUUCGCUCGUUUUGUCGAGGACUUCAACACUGCGACCCUCCCUCACGAAAAGUUCUAUCAUAUGGAGGCAUACGAGAAACGCAUGAACGCUCUUCGUUCUGGCGAAUAUGUACCGCCGGCGGAGGAUGGCUAUGAUCCGACAGCCGAUAUGCGCGACAUCCAGAGCAAACACAAGCGGACUGUUGUCGAACAUGACAGUUAUCUCAACAAGGACCAACUCCAGGCGCUCAGGAAGGUACAACAAGAACGUAUCGAGGCUGGAAAGAUGAAGCUCUUAGGUAUGGAGGUAAAGCAGAAUAUGGGCGUUCGUAUGGACGGAACGAAGUUCGAUAACGGUCCUUGA